CAGACCACCUCGGGGCGGUGCUGCACGCAACUCCACUUUCUGCGGGAGAUAGCUGCACACUGACUGUCGUCUGCAGACUACGAGAGUUUAACCUUGGUGGGGUUUGGAUUUUUUUCGCUAUGGGAGCAGAGAGCUCAGCGCAGCGGGACAGGAGGAGCCAGGAAGAUGCUUCAGCUGAGGAGCUGAAGAUGGAGGAGAAGAGCGUCCACGACCGCAAGCCUCUGCAGAAGAAUGGACAAAUCUCCAGCAUGAGCAGUCUGAACGGACACUCCGAGGACAACACGCUGGCAGAAGUUGGUCAGCCAGAUGGCGUGUCUGUGGCUCAGAAGGAGGAAACUUCUGAAAUGACGGAAACCAACCAGGAAGAAGUGGCUCCUCAACUGAACGGCGAGACACUGGAGAAGGAGAAGGAGUCUCCUGAGGCCGAUGACAGCUCUGCCAUUGAAGAGAAAGCUGCCAAGGAGAAACCUGGUGAUGCCAGUGAAGUAGGCUUCAAGAAGAUCUUCCGUUUUGUGGGCUUUAAGUUCACACUGAAGAAGGACAAAAGUGAGGAAAAAGAUCCUGUGAAGGUCCUGACAGUCAAAGAUAAGGAAGGAGAAGAUGUUACUGACAAACGAGCUGAAGAGGAGUCUGCUACGGCUGAUGAGAAGCGCACAGCCGAAGAAAAGGAUGUUGUCACAGAGGUCUCUACUGCUGAGGCUGGAGUUUCUAAAGACACUGAUGAGGCUGAAACUGACACUAGUGUCGCUGCAGAAACCACCACAACCGAAGCUACUGCAGCUGAAGCCACUGAUGAAGGCGUGAAGGAAGAAGGUCCUGAAAAGGAAUCAGAGUCAAGUCCAUCACCUCAAGAGAAUGCACUUUCCCCAAUCAGGAAGUUCUUUAGUGGAGGACUUUUCUCUAAUCUGCGAAAGAAAACCAGUAUCAAGAAGACAAAAGAGGAAGAAAGCAAGGUUGUAGCAGCUGAAAAUGAGACAACUAAGCCAGAAGAAAGUGAUAAUGCUGUGGCAGAAGAGGAGGGAAAAGUUGAAGAAACACAAGAGGACAAGGAGGAGCCAUCACUGGCCUUUGAGGAAUCAAAACCAGAACCUACCCCAGACCCCGAGGUUACAGUUGAAACCCCUGCACCUACAGUAACUACUGCUGAGGAGACCAAGCCAGAAGAGGAAAAGGAAGAUGCUAGUGUGGAAGCAGACAAGACUCCAGUGGAGGUACCAUGCGAGGCUGAGCUGCAGUCAUCACAGGAGAAGGUCAAGGCCCAGGGGAGCCCCCUAAAGAAGCUCUUCACUGGAGCAGGCUUGAAGAAACUUUCAACUAAGAAACAGAAGCCCAAGAAAGAAGCUGAGACAAAGUUGGCUGAGUCUGGGGAGCAGGCAGCUGAGCAGCUUCAAGCCUCAUCUGAGUCCACAGAGGGUCAAAAAACAGACAGUGGGCCUUCAUCUCCAGAGGAGUCAGGAGAGCAAGUUAUCACUGUGGAGGUGACGCAGACUGAGUCGAGCCAAGAAACUGAAGGAGAAGUGCCCUCUGAUGGAGAAAAGAAAAAGGAGGGCAUCAUUGCUUGGUCCUCUUUCAAAAAACUGGUUACGCCAAAAAAGCGAGUCAAGAGGUCCUCUGAGAGUGAAGAUGAAACUGCGGGAGAAAAGCCGGGCAAGUCAGCUACCCUGUCCUCCUCGGAGAGUGCCGCCUUAGCGGAUAAGAGUGGCGAAGAGGAGGCCAAGGCGGAGAAGACCACAGAGGAAGAGCCAAAGACUGAAAACACAGAGAAACUGGUCAGCAGCAGUGAGGAACCCAAAAAGAAGAUGGACACAUCUGUCUCCUGGGAGGCACUAAUGUGUAUGGGUGGAACCAAAAGGAGGACAAGGAGGACCUCUGAUUCUGAUGAUGAUGAGACCAAGAUUGAUGAGGAAGCACCAUCAAAACCAGCAGGGGAAGGAGAGCAGGAGGGCAAAACUGUUGAGGCCACUGUUGGUUCUUCCCAAAAUACUGAGAGUGAUGUUGAAGGAGUUUCCUCCCCUGAACCAUUGAGCACCCCACCAUCCACAUGGGACACACUGAAGCGUAUGGUCUUACCUAAGAACAAGGCUAAAAGCGAGGAAAAGACCGAGGAGAGUGCAGAACAAGUCAGUUCAGACAGCGAAGCGGCGAAAGACGAGUCAUCGUUCUCUCUGAGAAAACUGUUCCCUGGACGGCGAAAGAAGAAAGCCGAAAAACAAGCUUCUACGGAACACGGCUCAGGUGAAGAGGACUCUGACACUCCAGCGGUUGUGCCACUCUCCGAGUACGACGAGCAAGUUGAUCAUGAAAAAGAGGCGGCAGUGGAACCGGUGCCGGUCCAGAUUAAAGUGUCUGCUGAAGACAGGUCCCCUUCAUGGGUUGCAGCCACGCUUGAAGAUGUUUGUGAUAAACAUGAUCAGUUAAGUGACAUACCAGAGGAGGUAGAUAACACUGUUACUCCAAAGUCUGCUGACACCGAUGCUGCGGAGGAUGAAACCGAAGAUCAGGAUAUGGAGUCCCCAAAGGAUCCAAACCAAAUGGGGCGGAGAUUAUCCACGGCUGAAGUAAAACCUGUAGCUCCUACUCCAACUGCAGAGACCACACCUGUAGCCCCAGAAGCCAAAUCAGAAAGUACCGAAGUAGUUUUGGAAAGUAUGCAGGCACACUUCAGUGAAAUUCCAUCCCAGACGUCUGUAACUGUUGGAAACGUGCCAAAAGAAGUACUGUCCGAAAAGACAGAGUGUGAGCUACCAACUGAGGAAGCCAAGUCCACUACAAAUACCAUCCUGCAGCUGCACCCUCGUGAUGAGGCCAUGGCUAUCUGUACUGGCUUAGAAACCAAGGAGAUCAGCAAAGUAGACCUGGAGGAACCUGCAGUACCCAUCGUAGAGUGUGUCGUUGUGAUCCGUGAUGCUCUAAGCACAGAGGUUUCAGUGGGAGAAACGUUAGGAAAGCCAGAGGAGGCCAUUGUAACAGAAGAUGAGGUGCUUAAUGCCCCAGUGUACCAAGUGGAAAUCAGUGAGCUUGAGCCUGCUGUGGAAACAUCAGCAGAAGAAGCAGUAGAAACUCAAGCUGCGACUGAAAGCUUUGAGCCCGAUAUUGAAAAGGUGGCAGUAGUCAGCUCCGUUGUGGAGGAGUCCGAAGUUGUUCAGCCCACCGAGGUGAGUGACGAUUCUCUAAAAGUUGUAAACCCAAUUACACCAACAUCGGAAACAUUUGUCUGCACUGAGAAUGUAGAAGUCAACGAGCCAACUGUAGAAACCAAAGAAGUGGAAGUGUGCGUGGACCAGCUUGCUGCCACUGAAGAGCAUACUCCAGUAAAAGACGUACUUCAGGUAACGGCUUCAGAAAUUACAACCAUUUGCAAAACCACAGUCGCCAUCGCUAAGGAAACUGAGCCAGAAAUCCCUGUAGAUGUACCAAGUGAGGAGGCUCCUCUCAUUGCGGAAACAGUGGUCCUUAUUGGCCCACUCAGUGUGGAGGCUCACCAACUGACAAACACAGACCGUGUGGUUGUGGACCAAAUAACAACUUCAGAACCUUCUGAUACGCUAGUGGAGGUGGAAGAAAUCAAAGAGGAACUUGUGGCUGCAGUGACUGCUGCUGCCACUUCCACUGAAAAAGAGUCGGAGAUCAGUGUGCAGACCAGCGAGAAGAUUGAGCAUGUCGAGGAUGAUGUGGAGAAGGUCAAAGACAUUGAGUUGCAGAGCAUGGUCAUUACCCAGGCUGUCAUCGAUGAUGCCAUAGUUGAAGUGUCAGAAGACAUACCCGAACGCAGUGCCCCCGCAGCUGAUGUCUCAACUCCAGUCCAGGUGGUCGCAACAACAGAAAAGGAAAUGGAAACAACAACAGAGACCCCAGUGAUCACCGACACCCCUGUUCCUGUCAUCUACGAAACCCCAGCUCUGCCCCCCAAGACGCCGGACUCCACUCAACCUCUUCAUGUUGCCAUGGAGAUCUUUGACCCAAUUCCACUUGAGGUAACAAAUGUGCUUGAAGCGUUUGUAGAAGACGAGAAACCAGAGGGAGGAUUGAAGAAAGCAGUAGAGGUCAAAGUAAGUGAAGAAUGCGUCGUCGUGGAAGAAGUUGUAGAGUUGAAGGCAGAGAGUGAGACAGGUGAAGAGGAACACAUCAAAGACGAUGCAGCGGUUCAGCAAGUUGAACCAGAUGCAGCUGAUACACGUGAAGAAGUGACAACGCCAAUGGAGGAGAACAAAGAGAAAGUGCUUGAUGUUCAUAUGCCCAUCCAGGUGGUGCUGCAGACGGCGAAGAUGGUUGAAGAUACUUCAGUAGAAGAGGAGGCUGUGGUAGAGAUCAACGGUGGUGGACCUGCAGACUGCAGCGCGCCGGCGGAACACACCGCUCCAAAGUCAGACAGCCUGUCUACAAUUUUGGAAGAACCUCAAACAAAAGCUUCAGCUGAGGAGGCAGCUUCUACCCAAGAGGUCUUCGAGACGGAGAAGGCGCCGUCGGGAAAGUGUGCAGAAGUGAUGGCGCAGGUGAUCGAGGUGAUCGAGGAGGCUGUGAAGCAGAUCGAGCCCGUGUCCUCGGAGGUCACGACGGCAUCAUGAGCAGACGAAGAAGGAAAACAUUGGGGAGACACACUGUCUGCAACAGGAAGCGAGUGAUGAGGAGCGAGAGAGAAAGAGGCCGCUCUCACGCAGAGACCGGGCCUCGCCCCAUCCUGCCCAGAGGGACUGAGCCCCGCCGCCCCCCACCUCCCCCCACCCCACCCAUCUGACGGUCUCACCACCGUAUCUUCACUCCCUCACUCACACGCACACUAGGAAUACAACUUUUUUGCAACCCCAUAAUCCUGCAUCACAUUCUGAUGAGCUUGUGCGAGAAAACAAUGACAAUCAAUGUUUUUCUUGUAUUUGAUCAAAAAAAGUUCACCCAUGAUGAACUUUGAAAUUUUUAUACUCUGUUGCAUUCGGGUGGAUUUCCAAAAGCUAAAAAAUAAACAAAAAAAGGGGAAAAAGAUCCAAAACGUUUUGGAUGUUUCCCCCCUUUUUUUGUUUAUUAUUCAACCAGGGUUCGAGCUUUUGGAAAUCCACCCAAAUACAACCGAGUAUAAACAUUUCAAAGUUAGUCAUAGGGGAACCUUUUGGAUCAAAUACAACAAAAAAACAUUGAUUUUCAUUGUUUUCUUGCAAAAGCUCAUCAGAAUAUAAUAGAGGAUUAUGGCAUUGCAAAACAUUUGUGUCCCUAGUGCACACUCAUGCAUGUAAUCAGUCCGAUAUGCGUCCAGCAUCACAAAGACUUUCCGCUGCCUUUGAAAGUGUGUGACCCGACAACCCGAGUGAGAAUGUGUGCGAGCGUGCAUUUGUCUAACAAUGUGAGCAAGACGGUGGCAGACGGUGAAGAAAUGGAGGAUUAUUAUUUUGUAUAUUGUAUUUAUAUCUUGAGUAUUCUUUCAUUCUAUCUUAAAUGUUUAUUUUAUGUACUUUGAAAUGUUCACGUAAAGGCUGCGACAGACGUUCAUUUGGGCGACGUCACUCGACCGAUUUGUGGCCUGACGUAAACAGACGUGAAAAUUUCCUGUACAAAUGUGUUUGGUGUAUCGCAGCCUUUAUCGCGGUCAUAUUCAAUGGUUCUGACAGGAUUCUGUAGCAGUUAUAACCAAACUAUGGUACAAGCAUGACUCCAGUGGCAAUACGUGAUAACACGGGCUACAGAAAACGCACUCACAUCAACACAUCACACAUGCCCACACAACAACACACAACUGUUUCAGCCCCUACUGCAGUAACUGUGCCUCUUUGUAAUAAUCAUUACAAUAGCAGGCAACAUUUCAUGCUAGUUUCCCACCUAAUUUUGCCUACUACUGUAAUAACUGUCAAUCUUGUAAUAAUUACAACCAUAGCGGGUGAGUUAGCUUUGCAUCUGCGCAGGUUAUUGUAAUAAUUACUACAAUAGCAUCAC